AAAUCUAAAGGAUAUGCCGGUGCUAUGGUUUGGGCUAUUGAUAUGGAUGAUUUUCACGGAAUUUGUGGGGAAAAAGAUGCAUUAAUAAGAAAAAUUUCCUCUAUUAUAAGAAACUAUCAAGUUCCCAAACCCGUCAUUAAUACUACACCAAGACCUGAAUGGGAUAAACCUCCAAGUACAACCUCUAUGAUUGAAGACAACACUUCUCCUGCAGCUCCGGUGGGAAAUAAACUAACAAGUUCAACUAAUUUUAAUGAUAAAUUAACGACCUUGCCCAAUGAAAUUCAUAAAUCAACGAUUGGGAGUGCUCAGUCUGAAAAAAAUAAUAUACAAUGUAACAGUUUUUAUGAUUACUUACCAUCUGAGAAUUGUAAUUCGUACUAUCGUUGCAUUUACGGAAAGCCUCUCAAGUUUCAAUGUCAUGAUAAGUUGAUUUACAACCCUAAAAAGUUAAGGUGCGAGCAAUCAAUGAAUGUCAAUCCCGUAGAUUGCAGAGAUUAA